CCUGAGUGAGAGCUGGCAACAUGGACAUCAACGUGAAUCAGUGAAGUUAUUUUCAGUCAUACUGGUGGUUUAUAUAUUUUAUAUCUGAUUUGGCGCCAUGAAGGUAAAUGAGAACACUUUACUCGAGGGACACAGAGUUGUGUUGGUUCCUUACAAUGCAGAGCACGUGCCCAGGUAUCAUGAGUGGAUGAAGUCUCCUGAGCUGCAGCAGCUGACGGCCUCAGAGCCGCUGACCCUGGAACAGGAGUACGACAUGCAGAGGAGCUGGAGGGAGGAUGAUGACAAGUGCACAUUCAUCAUCCUAGACAAGCAGCGGUGGGCAGACCCCGGUGUAGAGGAGGAGCAGUGCAUGGUGGGAGAUGUCAACAUCUUCCUGACUGACCCCACAGACCCCUCCUUGGCUGAGCUGGAGAUCAUGAUAGCAGAGGCGAGUUACAGAGGGAGGGGCAUCGGGAAGGAGGUGAUACGCAUGAUGAUGUGCUACGGAGCCACCAAACUCGGGGUCAAAAAGUUUCAAGCGAAAAUCGGGCUGGACAAUGAGGUCAGCAUCGGCAUGUUCAAGAAACUCCACUUCCAGGAGGUGUCGGUGUGUAAGGUGUUCAAAGAGGUGACCCUUGAGAUGACGGUGGAUGAGUGUGUUCGGACGAAGCUGCUGGACGACACGACCUUCAUGAAGGAGAGGGACUACACACAGACCUGUGGCAACAGGCAGGAACUGGUUUCACAGUGAAGUGUCGUAGCGCUGCAUCCUCACAUCCUAAAGACUUCCAGCUGUGAAGCAGAUCAUUCUGCACAGCUGAAGAAACCCGGGAACACCAGGCUGAAAACCGUUGUGUGGUUUGGACUUUUGCAUACACACACACACACGUGCAUGUAACAUAGUCCCUAGAUGAGAGGAGUGAUACCAUUCUCAUGUCUGUACAGUUAAUAUGAAGCAACAGCCAGCAGCUGGUUAGCUUAGCUUAGCGCAAAGACUGGAAGCAGAGGGAAACAGCUAGCCUGACUGUGCCCAGAGGUGCAUUCUCAAAAAUGUCAGUGUUCCUUUUAAAAUUGAAAACCACAGGAAGAAGAAAAGCUUUUCCUUCCACACUAAAAGCCCACAAAGUUCCAUUAAAUUGGCUUUUUCCCCAAUGGCACUUUUAACGGGGAAAGUAUAACGAAAGCUUUAUAUGCAUUUAAUAGGCCAGUCAUUGUUUUUGGGGUUUUUUUCUAUGUCCAGACUAACUGCUUUUCUCUGAAGCAUUUGUGGUAGUCUCUGAUGCUGAGCGCCAGAGAGAGAGAGAGAAAAAUGAA